AUGUCGGAGAAGGAAGAGAACGGAGGUGAUUGCGGUGAAGAUGACGAUGAGUGGAGAGAUCUGAUCGCGACUCCUAACCGUUUAAUUUCCGACGACUUUUUUGUUUUGAAGUCUGAAAAAUUAGAUGAUCGUGAGGAAGAUAUCGGAAAAGGUAACGAUGGAAGUAGUUCCGAGGAUAGAGAUAGAUUUCGGGGUAGAAGAGUUAGUAUUGCAGAACGAAGGGCUGCAAUGCGUGGUAAUUCUGAUACCAAUGCUUCAAGUAUCAGAGUUUCAGUCUCUUCUUCACGAGUUACUGCUUGGCCUCCAAUUCUUACAAUACCUUGUGGUAUCAGUCCCACUUCAUUGCUCGAUUCUCCAGUUUUGCUCCCUAAUUCUCAGGCAUCGCCUACUACUGGAUCCUUUCAAUAUCCUCCUCCUCUGAAUCAAGAAGAAAUUUUAGGCAUGAAAUCAGAACUUGACGACAUGAACUGUGACACUAGUUCUUUUCUAUACCAGCCUGAUGGGGGUUCACUAUCAUGGCCAAGCUUUUCACAAGUACAAAAUCAGCCGCCAUUAGUGUGUGAACAUCCAGGGGCAUUAAUGGAAGAAACAGUCACAAAAGGGUCCUCCGAUGGCUUUAAAGUUCCAAAAAGUACAAUUGGUGGUGUAAAGCAAGAUGAUGAUUCAAAAAGACAUAUGGAUGGAUACCAAAAAGAAACGAGCUUUUCUAACAUGAGGAACUCAGAAGAUGGAUAUAAUUGGAGAAAAUAUGGACAAAAGCAAGUAAAAGGCAGUGAAUACCCUCGAAGCUACUACAAAUGCACACAUCCAAAUUGUCAAGUCAAGAAAAAAGUGGAACGUUCCCAUGAUGGGCAUAUUACUGAAAUCAUAUACAAAGGUACUCAUAAUCAUCAAAUUCAAGGUCAUCGCAGCAACAUUAAUGGAUCUCCAGACGCUAAUGGAUCCUACGUCAAGAUCGAAGAAAGGGAUAACAUUUCAAUUCGUCCAGAUUGGAACACAGAUCGUAUGGAUCGCUCAUCUUCAACCUCAGUUGUCACCGAUAAUCCUGACCUAAUUUCAGGGAAAUCCGUUGGAAUUAUCGAAGCAAACCCUAAUUACGAUUAUAAGGAAGAAGAUGGGACGAACAUAGGUACACAUUCACCUGGAGAUGGAGACGACGCCGAUGACGAUAAAUCCGAAUUGAAAAGGAGGAAGAAAGGGAAUUACUUACUGGAAACAAGUUUGGUAACCAGAGCUAUGCGUGAACCAAGAGUAGUCGUUCAAAUCGAGAGUGAAAUUGAUAUUCUUGACGAUGGUUAUCGCUGGAGAAAGUAUGGUCAAAAAGUCGUCAAAGGAAACCCAAACCCUAGGAGCUACUACAAAUGUACGAGUACCGGAUGUCCGGUGAGAAAACACGUGGAAAGAGCUUCUGACGAUUUAAAAUCAGUACUGACAACGUACGAGGGAAAACACAACCAUGAAGUGCCAGCAGCUAGAAACAGUAGCCAUGCCACCAUGGACGUGGGGCCCACCUCAAAUGCUCCACCUAUACCAUUAUCUAGAAUUCCUACCAUCCCCAACUCCGAACCACAAGUUCAAGAUCUUCCUCUUCGUUUUGAUCGAAAAAUUUCCAAUGGAUAUAUUCCGUCAAAUUUCGUUUCUAAUUUCGACACUAAACCUACGAAAUUUGAACCUUCAUCUAUGUAUCAGGAAUAUAUUCCUUACCAAAAUCCAAUAACUUUCAAUUCAGUGUUACCCGAUUUUCCUAUUUCGUUACCAAUGAGUAUGCCACCUUCGGGAAACAUGGCUCAUAAUUUUGGUUAUAAUAAUAAUGGAAAACGUGGACGCGAGUCUUUUAUAGGAGGACAAAUGCAACAUUUGAGAGACAAUAAUGGUAGAUUCAUUAGACCGAAACUGGAGCAGGAUGAUGGUUUUUAUGACACUUUUAUGUGUGCCCCGGAUCAUGUAAACGAUGCUGCUUCGAGAUAUUGUCGCGUGAUUCCUAAUUUCCCUUCAUAA